AUGGCGGCUACGAAACAGGCAACAAAAAACAGCAUCACGCUAAAAGGUUCGGCCGAAAUGGUCACGGAGUUUUUCAAAUAUGGGAUUAAUAGUAUACUGUAUCAGCGAGGUAUUUACCCGGCAGAAACUUUCACCAGAGAAUCCAAGUAUGGGUUAACAGUGCUAGUAACAACUGAUGAACUGUUGAAUACCUAUUUAUCAGGCGUACUCAAACAAUUACGAGAUUGGUUACUCGGAAAGACAGUUCAAAAAUUAGUAUUAGUGGUAACUGAUAUUGAUACCAAUGAAGUGCUUGAAAGAUGGCAGUUUAAUAUUGAAUGUGAUAAAACAAUGACAGAAGAUAGUAAACCGAGGAAAGCUGUUGAAGAAGAUAUUAUAAAAGGAAUAAAAGCGGUUAUCAGACAGAUUACAGCGUCGGUUACAUUCUUACCAUUGUUAGAAGGAGCAACUGUGUUUGAUUUACUGAUCUAUACUGACAGAGAUGCUGAAACACCUUUAGAGUGGGAAGAGUCUGGACCACAGCUCAUACCGCAGGGACGAGAAGUUAGACUGAGAUCGUUUAGUACUACGAUACACAAAGUAGAUGCCAUGGUCGCUUACAAAGGGGACCAGUAAUACACACUGUUGAAAUUUACCAAAUGUAAAUAAUAGAAUUCUUCUACUGCCAAUUUAAAUAUUAAGAUAAAUCUAAUAACAAUUUAAAACUUAAUACAAUACAAAUUUAUUAAGUACAUAAGAAACUUAAAUAAAUCAGACUCCUCAUACAGGUUUAUUUUAAUUAUAAAAAAAAAUUGUCAAAAUAAAUCAGUCUUCCUGUCGAAAACUCGGCACCCGGCCGUUCAUCAAAGCUUCUUUGUGCCCAAGUUCAAAUUUUAAACAAACUGCAUGAACUAUUAUUGGUUGAACUAUUAUUAAUGAUAGUGAUGAUCUAAAAAUUAGAAAAAAUAAAUAAAUUAACUAAAUAUCUGUUUAAACUGAACCCUUAUUACCACUGUGAGUCAGUGAAAUCAUUCAUAUUGUUUUUGUUUUAGGUGUUCAGUUUGAACUUUAAUUUUAAUCUGUAAUGCUAUACUAUUCAGAGAGGCGCAUCUCUGGCGGCCAGUCUUGAUGUGUUCUACAGUCGUCGCACUGAAUCAUGGGAAGAUACAUAGCUAUGUAUACCGGUAUAAUGUGUAAAACCAUAUUAUUUGUUUACACAAAGUUCGUAUGGGUGCUGCUCGACGACUGCAGCACCUUAAUUGUUUGUGCAUCUGUGUCGAUUACGAUUGACAGAUGAUGAACAGUCAGCCUCAAUUUCUGAAAUAAAAUAUACUUCACUGCCCGAUUGGUUUCAUAUAUUUUACAAAGAGCAUUGUUUCAAAGACAGAGUUUUUUUCUUCAAACUGGGUCUUUAAUAUAUACUCAAACUAGUACAUUGUAAUUCUAUUCUAUUUACAUUUCUGUGCAGGGUUGUAAUGUAACGACGUCUUCACUGCUUUUUCAUGAAUGAUUGUAUAUAAGUGUAUAGAAGCCUGGCUUAGAUAAUUUGAGAAGUUUUCUUAACCUCUGUUACUUCAAACUUGUGAUCAAAAUCCACAUUAUGCUCCACACCUAAUGUAGCUUGUCAAACCAAUAUAUGA